AUGUACUCACUCCCUCCCGACCACGACCUCGACUCCAUCGCCUCAAACGCCCAACCCCUCCACAGCACCGACGCCACCACUCCCCUCCCCACCCCCUCUCAACCAGCACCCGCCGACGAAGACGACAACACACCUCUCCUCUCCCUGCUCCAACCCCGACAACCCUUCACCCCCCACCGCUACGCCCUAAUCUGCCGCUCCACCUCCAGCCUCGGCCUCAAAUACGACGACAUCCCGCUCUCGCGCCGCUGCACCGCCAACCCCUACAAGUACCGCUGCGACUGGGACGGUAGCCCGGACAUUGGCGAUGGCGGGCGCACCGACGCCGAGUGUGAUCGCAAGUGCGAGUGUCGCGAUGUCAGCGCGGAUCCGAAGCCGUUGUGCGUGGCGCUUGGGAAAGGGGGGUGGGGGGUUUGUGGCGUUUAG